CGCGAGCGAGCGGCGCAGGGACCCCGGGGCGGCGGGCUCCGCGCGCCCGUCUCGUCCCUGCCCUCGGGCGCUCGGGCUGCGGCCGGCGCCGCCUCCCGGGAAGAUGGCGCUGCACUUCCAGAGUUUGACCGAAUUGGAAGCUUUAUGUACUCACCUCUACAUAGGAACUGAUCUUACACAAAGAAUAGAGGCUGAGAAAGCACUUUUGGAACUUAUUGACAGCCCAGAAUGUCUCAGCAAGUGUCAACUUUUAUUAGAACAAGGAACCACAUCCUAUGCUCAACUCCUUGCUGCAACUUGUCUUUCAAAACUUGUCAGCCGAAUCAGUCCUUUACCUGUUGAGCAGAGGAUUGAUAUCAGAAACUACAUUCUGAAUUAUGUGGCAUCACAACCUAAGCUGGCUCCCUUUGUCAUCCAAGCUCUUAUUCAAGUCAUUGCUAAAAUCACUAAGUUGGGGUGGUUUGAGGUUCAGAAAGACCAGUUUGUCUUCAGAGAAAUUAUUGCUGAUGUGAAGAAGUUUCUUCAGGGUACUGUGGAGCACUGCAUAAUAGGAGUAAUAAUCCUUUCUGAAUUGACUCAGGAAAUGAACCUGGUUGAUUAUUCUAGACCUUCAGCAAAACACAGGAAAAUAGCUACCUCGUUUCGUGACACUUCUCUCAAAGACAUAUUAGUACUAGCAUGUUCUCUUCUAAAAGAGGUAUUGGCCAAACCUUUAAAUCUUCAAGAUCAAUUUCAGCAGAAUCUGGUGAUGCAGGUCUUGAAACUGGUCCUUAACUGCCUAAACUUUGACUUCAUUGGCAGUUCAGCAGAUGAGUCUGCAGAUGAUCUUUGUACAGUCCAGAUUCCAACAACAUGGAGAACAAUUUUCCUGGAACCAGAAACAUUGGAUCUUUUCUUCAAUUUGUAUCAUUCACUUCCACCACUACUGUCUCAGUUAGCACUUGCGUGUUUAGUUCAGUUUGCUUCUACAAGAAGGUCCUUAUUUAGCAGCCCAGAACGUGCCAAGUACCUUGGUAAUUUAAUUAAGGGAGUGAAAAGGAUACUUGAAAACCCUCAGGGUUUGUCUGAUCCAGGUAAUUAUCAUGAAUUUUGUCGAUUUUUGGCUCGUUUAAAGACAAAUUAUCAACUGGGAGAGUUAGUUAUGGUCAAGGAGUAUCCUGAAGUUAUCAGAUUGAUUGCUAAUUUUACUAUUACUAGCCUACAGCAUUGGGAGUUUGCUCCAAACAGUGUUCAUUAUUUAUUAACUCUGUGGCAGAGGAUGGUAGCAUCAGUUCCUUUUGUGAAAUCAACUGAACCUCACUUACUAGACACUUAUGCACCUGAAAUCACAAAGGCCUUUAUCACUUCUCGGUUGGAAUCUGUCGCCAUAGUUGUGAGAGAUCAUUUAGAUGACCCACUGGAUGAUACUGCUACUGUGUUUCAGCAGCUGGAGCAGUUGUGCACUGUCAGCAGAUGUGAAUAUGAAAAGACGUGCACUCUUCUUGUACAGUUAUUUGACCAGAACGCACAGAAUUACCAAAAACUUUUGCAUUCAGCUUCUGGGAUACCUGUGGACAUGGCAAUUCAAGAAGGACGUCUUGCGUGGCUGGUAUACUUAGUUGGGACAGUUGUAGGAGGAAGAUUAACAUAUACGAGUACAGAUGAACAUGAUGCUAUGGACGGAGAAUUAUCCUGUAGAGUUUUUCAGCUUAUAUCUUUAAUGGAUACCGGAUUGCCUCGGUGUUCUAAUGAGAAAAUAGAACUUGCAAUUCUGUGGUUCUUGGAUCAGUUUCGCAAAACAUAUGUUGGUGAUCAACUUCAAAGAACCUCAAAGGUGUAUGCCCGUAUGUCAGAAGUAUUAGGAAUAACAGAUGACAACCAUGUUCUAGAAACAUUCAUGACGAAAAUCGUUACAAACCUUAAAUACUGGGGAAGAUGUGAGCCUGUAAUUUCAAGGACUCUCCAGUUCCUAAAUGACCUUUCUGUUGGCUAUAUCCUCUUAAAAAAACUUGUGAAAAUAGAUGCUGUGAAGUUCAUGCUGAAAAACCACACGAAUGAACACUUCCCCUUUCUUGGCAUCAGUGACAGUUACAGUCUCAGUGACUUCAGGUGCCGAACAACCUUCUACACAGCCCUCACUCGCCUUCUGAUGGUAGAUCUAGGCGAAGAUGAGGACGAAUUUGAGAAUUUCAUGCUGCCUCUUACAGUCUCUUUUGAAACAGUAUUACAGAUAUUCAACAACAACUUUAAGCAAGAAGAUGUAAAGCGUAUGUUGAUCGGGCUGGCACGAGAUCUUCGAGGGAUUGCCUUUGCACUGAACACAAAGACCAGCUACACCAUGCUGUUUGACUGGAUGUACCCGGCGUAUCUUCCAGUUCUUCAGAGAGCCGUUGAGCAGUGGUAUGCGGAGCCAGCCUGCACCACUCCUAUCCUGAAGCUUAUGGCAGAACUGAUGCAAAACAGGUCCCAGCGUUUGAAUUUUGAUGUAUCAUCUCCUAAUGGAAUUCUUCUCUUCAGAGAAGCUAGUAAAAUGAUUUGCACUUAUGGUAACCAGAUCCUGUCCCUUGGGAGCCUCUCAAAAGAUCAGAUUUAUCCAAUGAAACUCAAGGGCAUCUCCAUCUGCUAUUCAGCUCUCAAAUCUGCCUUAUGUGGAAAUUAUGUCAGCUUUGGCGUCUUCAAGUUGUAUGGGGACAACCAUUUUGACAACGUACUCCAGGCCUUUGUCAAAAUGCUGCUGUCGGUGUCCCACAGUGACUUGCUACAAUAUCGGAAGCUGAGCCAGUCUUACUAUCCACUCCUGGAGUGUCUCACCCAGGACCACAUGAGCUUCAUCACCAACCUGGAGCCUCCUGUGCUCCUGUAUGUCCUCACUUCUAUCUCAGAAGGACUCACUACUCUCGAUACAGUUGUCUCCUCCAGCUGCUGUACCAGUUUGGACCACAUCGUCACCUACCUCUUCAAGCACAUAGCAAAAGAGGGCAAGAAGCCACUUCGAUGCAGAGAGGCUGCCCAGGCUGGUCAGAGACUCUUACACUUCAUGCAGCAAAACCCAGACGUCCUGCAGCAGAUGAUGUCUGUCCUCAUGAACACCAUUGUCUUCGAAGACUGUCGGAACCAGUGGUCGGUGUCCAGGCCUCUCCUGGGGCUCAUCCUGCUCAACGAGAAGCAUUUCAGUGAACUCCGAGCAAGUCUGAUAAACAGCCUGCCUCUCCCCAAGCAGGAAGUCCUUGCCCAGUGCUUCAGGACCCUGAUGGAAGGAGUGGAGCAGAACCUGUCCAUCAAGAACAGAGACAGGUUCACCCAGAACCUCUCGGUCUUCAGAAGAGACAUGGCGGAGGCCCUGCGCUGCCAUGGGCUCAUGGAGCCAUGCGGUCUGGACAUGAUGAGCUGACCCGCGUCCUGCUGGGCGCCGAGCAGCCUCCGCCAGGACAGCCACCGCCGGCUAGCCCAGGGGACUCUGCUCUGCAGAUGGCAGCGCCCUGCCAUUUUAUAAGUCUGGCCUAAUGACAAGAGUUUGUAACGGUACACAAGCUAUGUACCGCAGUCCUUGCUCCGGCAGCAGAAACGUGUUUCAGUCUUUCUGCCAGAGUGUUCUCUCGGUUCCCACAAUGCCCCACGAGGGUGCAGAAGCCAUGUUUAACCAAAGAACCUAGUAAACCAGCUCUGCCUAAGCUGUGCUCGUGGCGGCUCUGCGAUCAAGGCCUCGGUGUGUUGGCCACGCAGACCUCAGUGUGAACCCUGGGUUGAGACAGAUGCCAUUUGACCUGUGAAACUAGUGGUUGGCUCUGCAUUUGCAAGAAGCCAUGUUGUGGACUCUGGGCUGUGGGGGUUUGGAAGGAGCCUGGGAGCAGCGCAGAGCCUCCCCGGGAGUGAGCAGGCUCUGCCUCCGCAGCCUCUGAGAGACACUGACGUACAGGCGGCAUGUCUGUCCCUGGCUUGACUGAGUGCUCAUCUGCAGUUGAGCCGUGCCAUUGCUGCCGCAGAGAGCUCUUCAGAGGGAGUCCGGUAGCCAGUAGGCAGUUCCGGGCCCACCGGCACCCAGUCCUCCUGGCUCUGUUCAGUUCUAAGCGAAGCUCAAGGUGACUAAGAUAUAACAUGAGAGCAGCUCCACCCUCUCGGGCCACCCAGAUCAGUUCCAGGUGCUAAAGCCCAGGUUUCGGGGUGAGGAGCACCUACUUCCAUCUCCCCGCACAGACUCGCCCUGUUGCUGGGACCAGGAAGUGACGGGGGCCUGGCGAGCCCCCUGCGUGUGCAGCUGGGCUGUUGACCUGAGCUCGCCACCAUCAGACGGCUCCCGUGUCUCCCUGCUCUGUUCGCGGCUCAGGCUUCUAAUACAUGUGGUGCCCUUUAUUUCUGACAAGGCAGGAAAGGUCGGCCUCACUGGUGAACAUGCAGUAAACCCACAGCUCCCGCGUGGUCCCGUUUCUCAGACCAGUGUUUCUCAAAGCCUUUCUUGAUAGCUGAGUUUUGCAACAGGCCUGUCACGUACAAGCACAGUCAUCCAGGUUUAUCUCGCAGUGUUUGUCUUCCUGUGGGGGAACUUGGGAGACUUACCGUGGGAGGCCUUCUGGUGUUUGAUGGUAAGGAAGGCGGGCCUUACUGUGUUCCAUAAGGAAAUGCAGUUUUCCUUGCGAAGGCAGAUUCGGAACUCUACACAACGUCAGUGGUCAAGAGAAAUGUGACAAGAAUUCCUGUUCUUGGGGGCUAUAACUGCACUCAUCCCACAGAAACGCACCCACGAAGGCUUAUCUAUCCUGUUCAGCACUGUUUUCUUUACAAAUGUCUGGGAUCUAAAAGCACUCUAUUGUUUGCAUUAAAAU